CAGACCGGAAGUUGCGUAAGCACCGGGCGCCCAUACGGUUAGUCGUGUAAGGCCUGUGUGGAACUUAAAAGGCAUUACAUGGCUUCCAGCGCCGUUUCCGCGAACGUUGCCGGCUCGGCAAAUGAAGCUCCUGAAAUUCCAGACAACGUGGGAGAUUGGCUUCGGGGUGUCUAUCGCUUUGCCACCGAUAGAAAUGAUUUCCGGAGGAACUUGAUCCUCAAUUUGGGACUCUUUGCUGCAGGAGUUUGGCUGGCCAGGAAUUUGAGUGACAUUGAUCUCAUGGCACCUCAGCCAGGGGUGUAGCCAAGUAGACAAAUGGAAUCCUGUGCUGCAUCUGAACCUUUCAAAAACAGAGCCUAUAAUCUGUGACCACAAGAUAUGGCUUAAUGGCAGCUGAAGUUUGAUCCUCAUGGGCACCUUCCCCUUCUCUACCUGGUUUCAUUUUGUUUCAUAUCUCCUCAGAACUCUGUUCUCUGGUAGCAGUCAGGCUUCAGCUAAAGCAUUGCCUCUGGUCUGUAAAGUUCUGUACAUAGUUCAGUUCUGUACAUAGUUCUGCACAAGUUUUUGCAGAGGGUGAUCUUUGCUCCUGAGGAAUAACGAUGUUGUUUUAAUAAAUAUUUGAAAUAAAGACUGCACACAAAGACA